AUGAUUGUAUAUUUGAAACGUUCAAGGGUCCUUCAUCUCGACGAUCUAGAUGCAACGUGGACAGAUCAAUACAAAAACUUCGAUUACGUAGUAAUUGCAGGGGGGAAAUGGUUUCUCAAAUCUGCAAUUUACUACGAGAACAACACUAUUGUGGGAUGCCAUAAUUGCCAAGGGAAGAACAUAACGCAAUUGGGAUUUUACCAUGCCUAUCGCAAAGCACUAAACUCAACGCUGAAAUUCAUCACGAGCUCAAAGCACAAGGCUUUUACGUUCUUUAGAACGACGACUCCAGAUCACUUUGAGAACGGGGAGUGGAACACAGGUGGAUAUUGUAACAGAACAAGACCAUUUCGAGAAGGUGAGAUUGACAUCAACGAUAUGGAUGGCAUGAUGAGAAACAUCGAACUUGAAGAAUUCGAAAGGGCAGCAGCAAUAGGAUCAGAAAAAGAUUUAACUUUGAAACUAUUCGAUACCACCAGUAUUUCGCUAUUACGACCCGAUGGCCAUCCGGGAGUCUACAGGCAGUUCCAUCCAUAUUCUAGAAAAGAUAAACAUUUGAAGCUGCAAAAUGAUUGUCUACAUUGGUGUUUGCCUGGACCUAUAGACUAUUGGAAUGAUUUGAUGAUGGAAAUUUUCGUGAAUGGUUGAAAAUUAUUCUGAUUUUCCAUCUGAGAAUGGCAUCUAUGCAGAAACAUUUUUUGUAGAAUCUUUUGUUGUUGUCAUGCCAUCUUGUACGUAGUUCAAGGAAAAAUGAUUUAUAAGAAAAGAAACUGUUUGUAAUAAUUGUUUAAUCCGUGUUCUUGGUGAAUACAGAGUCAGUCCUAGGCAUUGAAAUCAGUUUCAAAAAUUCUUAAAA